UCUGCGCGGGCCGACAGGCAGCGGCGCAAGCCCGGCUGAGGUGCAGGCACGGGGACGGCACUCGACACCCCGGGGGCCCCGCCGGCGCCGUGUCUGCGGCGGCCCCACCCUACCGGCCUUCUCCAGGGUCGCGCCCGCCGCGAAUCCGCGAAUCCGCGGAGCGUGCGGUCCUGUCCUGCGCUGCGGACACCGGAUUCCGAAUUGCCUAUGAAAGGGCCGCGAGAGGGGUGGACAUCCCAGGCGAGGCCUCCCGUGCUGCCCCUGCCCCUGCCCGCUGCCCCUGUGCUGUGUGGCAGUCUGCCCAGCCAGGCUCUGCAAGGGAGAACCCCAUGGAAGGGGCAAGGACUGGGUCAGGAGACACCUCCUGGCCGCUCUGGCUUCUGCCAUGGUGACUCCAGAGGUCACUCGGACCCCAGCUCUGACAUCAGCCCAGCUGUUCCCCAAGUCAGUAAUGCAGAGGGCUCUGGGAGGAAGAACCAGACCCCCUGUCCCCUGGCCACUAGGGCGGCAGGGCGAGAUGGCCCAGCCCCUGUGCAGGAGCAGCCCUGGGGUGCCUGCCUGCUGGGGGCACUGCCAGGUGGAGCCUGCACCCAGCCAGCAGCAACGGCCCCCACCUUACCCCUGGGAGGGGUCAUCCCCAAGACCCUGCGUGAAGUCCCUCCAGUCUGGGUGGUUCCUUGGCUCACGCAGUGGGCUUGGGGGGGCCCUGCUCUGGGGUCACAAUGCAGCUGGGCAGGGUGCUGUGGCCUGGCCAGCCCGAGAUGCCCUGCAGGGGCCUCCUGUGGCCUCGCCUCUGACCGGCCGCUCAGGGAGGCCCUCCAAAGACGGAGACUCUACCGGCCACAGCACGAGUUCAGCAGAUGUGAGAAUGCGGGCCGUCACCCCGGCCGGCAUCGGGCCACCCCUUCGGCUGGACGCUGCUGUCCCCAUGUGGUGAUGGCUGCAGCUCUUAGCGGCCAUCUCGGAGUCUGCCAACCUGAGCUGGUUCCGAAAGGCCCGCUGGAGCCCAGAGAGGCAAGCUGGGGCGCUGGAGAGGCCCCGCCGCCCCGCCAGGAUCCAGAGAGGCCACGCGGCCUCUCGGGCUGCACUGUCCUGCCAGGCCGGUCCCGGCCGAUGGGGAGUGGGCACAUGUCGCUGCGGUGGGCCCUCGGUGCUGUGAGCGGCACGGCUGCUUGUCAAGGAAAUCUCUGGCCUGGCUAGUGCUGGGAAGCCAGAAAUAAAGCAUCUUGCCACAUCGCGGGGUGCCGUGGGGCUCUUUGGUUCCCCGUGUGGCUGUGUCUGAAAUCUGGGCGUUUCUAAUAGGCAGUGCCCGGAGGGGACAGCUUCUCUUCCAGCCAGGGCCCCGAGAGCGGCCGGCCGUUCCACAGGCGUCCUGCUGUCUGCCCAGGUGCCAGCCGCCGGCGGUGGCACCCUGACGUCGGGAUGCCUUGACCUGGCACCUCCACAUCAGCGCAGCGUCGACGCUGAGCAGCAGACCGUGUUCCACGAAGACCGCGCCUCUGUGCAGGCCCAGUGCUGUGGGUUCGGCACUGGCACUCUGUCCUUGUGCACGACGACGGCCUUGGGUCACCUCUCCGCCUGGGCGCCCGGCAGCGAAGCUGCCUCAUUCGCCCUGGCCAGUGCAGCAGGGUGACCCCCCACACACACACACGACCUUUGUGUUCAGCAGUGAAGGGCUGGGUGCCCCCGCCCGGCCCCCGCUGCCGGGCUGGUGGACGCCACGCGCUGUGGACAGCCUUCGAGGGGACGCAGCCCAGCUGCCUGCACGGGCUGAGCUGGGUCAGGCCACAAGGCUUUGACAUGUCCCCGCACCUGCACUGGAAAUUAACCACAAGCGAUGGCCGGGAGGACGCUUCCCCUCGGGCCUGUGGUCCCCGACAGCGGACAGUGCCCGCACACCGAGGGAGUGCCGUGUCCAAGAGGGAGACCCGUCCCCCCGCCGCCCGGGGCCCAGGUCCGGACUGGCGCUCCGCGACAGUGCCCUCUCUUCCCCGGGCAACCUUUCGUUCCGGACAACAUAGCGCCACAUGCCAGGCGGAGGGCGCAGGCUGGCUGAAAAGCGAACACACGAGGUGUGGGGAUUCCCAUAAGACCCCGACAGUGCUGAGGGAGGGCGUGGCUGCUUCAUGCCACGGGCCCUAGCUUCCCACGCUUGCAUGGUCCUGCCCCCUGUUCUGUCAGUCUCCCCUGUAAAUGAAGCAUCUCCCCGUGGAAGCAUCUGUGCUGGAAGUCUUGGGGUCCCCGUGGCCCCCCAGACCUGCCACGGGGGUGGCACGUGCCGGUGUGGGUCAGGGUGGCUGCUCCUGUCCCGCUGGGGGGACCGAGGCCGGGGGGGCUGGUUGACCGCAGGCUUCCCCGUGGGCGGCUGCUGUCGGUUAGCGGAUGCUCGCGGAUGCUCGUUGGGGCCUCCGAGACAGCUGGCCCGGGGGCCGUCUCCUCACAGAGCUCCGUGUGCACC